CGACAAGCUUGGGGCGUUCGAAGUGCCCGCAGGACUCGAAUAGAGAAGUCGUGGGUGCUGUUGCGAAUCGCCAACAACCACACCAUGGAAGGCGACGAAGAUGAUCAGCAGCAACGGCAGCAGCAGCAGCAGCAGCAGCACGAAAGGUGGCGGACGUUGCUGCUGGAUAUGGGUGAUGAUGAUGAUGAUGAUGAUGUGUUGCUUGGUCGGGGCGGCCCAGCACGAGGGUACCGUCGAGCUUGCGAGAGCAGCACAGACCCCACGUUCCCAAGGGGUGGUGACCACGGCGGUGGUGGUGACGACAGCACUGCGUCGAGAGAGGCGAGGGAAGUCACCGCAGCGCCUGCGUUGACGUCAACAACUGGUGAUGUGGAUGUCCCCGUGUCUGUCGGUCCUGAAGCGGAUCAUGACGACGCAGUGGUGCUUGCAGCACCACGAGGCAAUGAUCGUCUUGGCGAUGGGGGAACCGAGACUGCAGGCAGAGAAGGUGGGGAUGGCGGUGCCUCCGGCGAGCAUGCGUCCUCCAGUGUGCUGUUGCGCGAGCAGCUGCUGCAGGCUGCGCGCGAUGAGCAGGAGGAGCAGCUGCGCCAACUCCGAGAGGAAGAGGCGCGCGCUCCGCGACUUCAAAUCGAUUUUGCUAUGCCAACCUUGCUCCCAGACACCGCCGAACAAGACCCGGCGUCACAAGCGGCAGGCCGGUCUCCUGAUGCACAGCAACAACAGCAGCAGCAACAACAGCAGCAACAGCUGCCUUCUUGGGGAACCAGUUCGCUCGAAUCCAAGGAUGGUCGUCCCGUCAGUCCACGGGAAUCCAUCAUCCAGCUAGGGCGUCCAGGCCAACGGAUCAACAUCAUGGUGCUGAGGGCCAAUACAACGCUGUACGACAAGUUGGAGCUGACCCGCCAUGGAAUCCUGCGGUACGUGCAGCAAGCAGUUCGCUCGGAUGUGAUUCACAUUAGGGACGAGCUUGACAGACUGCUCCUCGAAGCAGAAACGGAAGCAGCACACCACCUCGCACAACAACAGCAGGAGCAACAACAACAGGGCAACAAUGGCACCGGAAUAGCAGCAGCGCGAUUCAGCCAACCGGAACAGCAGGAUCAGCAACACGAGGAGCAGCGGUCCCCGCGUCAACGAAGGCGUCGAAGACAACAACAACAACAACAACAACAACAAGACCCGCAACAACAACAGCAGCAGCAGCAACAGCAACAGCAACGACAGCAAUCACAACAACCAUCGAAGCGAGCAUCGUUGCAACAUCAGCAACGAAGCCAGCUGGAGACAGGGGGCACGCCUGGUAGAGGGCGAAUGGGGCGGCGCGUGCCGCGUACACGGCGUCGCAGCGUGUCGCUCGCACGCGAGCCCGUGAUCAUGGGUCGCCGGUUCCAGCUGCACCAGCGCGACGUGCGGCAGCUCGACUUCUCCACAUCGCGGUCGGGGGAGCCGUUCAUUGGCGUGCGACAGCUGGUCAUAUUGGUCAAGCUGCCGCCCUACCACGCGCUGAUUCUGAAGGACCGGUGCUUGCUGCUGCUCCCGUUUGGCGCUGACAGCAUGAUUGAGCCGCUGUUUCGCCGACUGCCGCUCAAGACGGACGAGCAGACGCCGUUUGAGUUUCGCGCGCUGGACACGUUUAUGGACGUGGUGGUGGAGCAGGCACAGGCGUCCCUGCGCUCGCUGGAACCCAAGGUUGCCGAUGCACUGCACGCGCUUCGCAAGCUGUCCACGACACGGGAGCUCGACUCCCUGCGCGUGUGCAAGAAUGAGGCGAGCGAGCUUGAGGCGUCACUGAGGCGCGUGCAGCGUGCGCUGGGCGAUGUGCUUGAGGACGACCAGGAGAUGCUGUACAUGCACCUGACGCGCAUGUGCACCAAGCCGGAGGAGUUUGAGGAGGGCAUGGACGGCUCCACGGUCCAGCACACGCUGAUUGAGGAGAGUGAGUCGCUGAUUGAGACGUACUUGCAGGAUGUCAACGACCUGCUGCAGCACUUGCAGCUCUUGUCCCAGCGCAUCACCAGCACAGAGAGUCUGGGCGGUUACAAACACGGCAUGAAUCUGACAAAUGGGCACGAGCAGUCGCAGCUGUGGUUUAACGGCGUCAUCAUUGUCACUGUCAUCAUCCUCGUUGUCCUCUUCCUCAUCGCCUUUGUCAUCUUGCGAAGAGCAGGCCUCUUCAACCUCUAG